AUGCAGCAGGAAACUCAACGCGGCGCGCAAAAACCCCAGUCUCAAUUUGAGCAAGGCCACAGGGUUGCUAUCCAACACCUUCAAAAGCCUGGUCUACAACAGGAACUUGCAGACCCAAAGCCAACAAACACCCAGCUCCCGACAGAAGACAAUGGAUACCAGACGUAUAAAGCGGCUGGUAAGCUGAAUGGGAAAAGGGCAAUUAUCACUGGUGGUGAUUCAGGCAUCGGUCGCGCGAUUGCGAUACUUUACGCAAUGGAAGGCGCCUCUAGCUUGAUCACAUAUUUGCCUGAAGAAGAGUCAGAUGGUAGGGAGACCGUACGACUCGUCGAGGAGUACGGUCAGAAAUGCUAUACGAUCGCAUUAGAUCUGCGUGAAAGCAGUAAUUGCAAGAAAGUUGUUGAUAAGGCUUUGGAAUCCUUGGGAGGAAUUGAUAUUCUCGUCAACAAUGCCGGAACUCAGAAUAUGAUCGAGGACAUCAAAGAUUUGACAGAGGAUCAAUGGGAAGAAACAUUCGCCACGAACAUCGACUCGGUUUUCUACCUCUCAAAGUACACUCUGCCGCACCUCAAGAACGGCUCCUCCAUCAUCAACUGCGCCUCUAUAAACGCUUAUAUUGGACGACCAGACCUUCUUGAUUACACAUCAACCAAGGGUGCGCUCAUCUCGUUUACUCGAGGUCUGUCGAAUCAACAGAUCAAGAAUGGCAUUCGGGUUAACGCCGUGUGUCCUGGACCUGUGUGGACUCCUCUAAUCCCCGCGACUAUGAAUACUUCUGCUCAGGAGCAAUUCACUUCUCCGAUGGGUAGACCAGGUCAACCUAGUGAAAUAGCGACGUGUUUCGUGUUUCUUGCGAGCCAGGAUAGCAGUCUCAUCUCUGGACAGAGUCUUCAUCCAAAUGGUGGUGUCAUUGUCAAUGGCUAA